CGCCCCUCGCGUCUCGUGGUGGGGGCGGCUCCGGGAGCCGAGCCUGGACCAGCGGAGGGUCCCCGGGGCCUGGCGGUGGCGGGCCCUCGCGGACGGCCGCGGGAAGGGGCCCGUGGGCAGGGCCCGCGUGGGGCCUCGGUCUGUCCCGAGCAGACGGGGCGCCGGGCCAGCGAGCACCCGGGCUGGACUGUGCGCCCGCCGGAUGUUCCUAGAUGGUCAGUUCGUUCCGGGAGCCGCACGGGCUCGGCCUGCCCCACUCGAGGCCGGAGGUCGUGAUGCUGGGCGGCGCGGUGCUCAGUGCCUUCCGACUGCCGGCCAGGCUCCGGGGGAGGGGACCCUGGAGGCUCUGGGGGCUUUGCAGGAGGGGAGGUGGUGGGGGUCACUGUCACCUGGUUGGGGGGGCGGCUUCCGCUGUCAGCCUCGGGCCAGGCCCCAGGGGGUGACGGCUAAGCGGCGCUCGGGCGAGGGCUGGCUCCUCACUUCUGGAUCUGAACCGUCCCUGGGCCAGGGCCAGCGCUGGCCCCAGGUUGGGGCCAAAGGAAACUUUUCCAGCCAGGUACCUGUUCCUGGGAAGUGCCGUGGCCUGGACUGCUUGGGACUGUCUGGGUGCUGCCAGCAGAGCCGCUGGGCAGGCGGGGAGACGGGUCGCAGGGGUGAGCUGCCGGCAGGAAGAGGCUCCCUGGGCCUGGAGGAGCAUCUUGUGUUCCUCUAGGCUCACCCCCUCCUGGGGAGCAGUGACUCCGAGCCUGGCUCAGGGUGAUAGGGUGGAGGAGGGAGGAUCUGAGUCUGUGACACCUAUUAGUUCCAGAGAAUCUGAUGUAGCCUGAGACCACAUAAGCUCUUGAGAAGAACACUCCCUGCAGACACAGAACGGUGGCAGCAGCCGUCUGGCUCUGCCCCGUGCACAGACCGCGUAGUGGGCAUGGGUGCCCCUCACGGGGCCGGGGCGGCAGUGGUCUUCCUCUCCUCGGAGCGUGGUCCUCAGGGGACAGGAGGGGAGCCAGGGCCCAUGGGGUGGCCCUGGAGCUGCCUCUGGACAUCACGGGGAAAUCGCUCCCGUUACACCCUGUCUUCUCUGCGAUGUUCCUCAAGCACGUGCCCUCCCCCUCCGUCCCUGCAUGGCCUGAGGGGGCCAGAGCGGGCUCUGGUCAGUGUCCGGGUGUCUGUGCAGAUGUCUCCAAACCGAGGCUCUCCCCGCCUGACCACGGCUCCGGCUUCGCCUUCCGCAUCAUCGUGGCUGCACGAUGUGGUCGGUCUACCUUGCCGUGGCUUCUUGUGUGCCUGUCCCUCCGGAAGGUCAGUCCGGUGAGGACGGGGACCUCGGCCUACCUUUGCACUGGACAUGCUGGUGGACAAGUGAGCACCUCGCAGUGGUGACAGGGUAUCCCUCGGGCUGUCCCUUGGUGAGGUCCAGGUGGGCACGGGUCUGGGGGCUGCCGCUGGGCGCCUGGAAGGAAGCUGGCUGGACUCACCUAGAGCAGCGAGAAGGAGGGGGUCCCAUAGGGGGAUUUCCAAUGGGGGGGUGGGGACAGUGCAAGUUCCUGGAGCCUGUUGCACCCCUUUAGGGCUGCAGCCCCCCCAGCCCCCCAGUUCUCUCCCUGCUCUGAGAAAGCUGCCCUGAUUUCCCUGUCCCUGAGCCAGUCUGGGACCGCCCCGCCUCCCCAGGCCAGGCCCCAGUGGGCCAGCUCCUCCCUCCUGCUUCUGGCUUCAUUUGACUCAGUCCCCUGGGAAACUUUCCUAAAGCAGGACGGGGCAUCAGGGCUCCUCAGCCCCGAGCCUGAGUGCGGUGGGCAGGGCGGGAGCAGGAGGGAGCAGCUACCGUGGGGCAGGCCUGUUACCCUGAGGCAGCGCCCGGGAGGGGCCCCCUUCAGUGUGCGGACCCCAAGUGAAAUUCUUUCUCCUCUGAGCCCCUGCCAGCCGUCUCCACGUUGAUGUUGUCGGAAGCCGACUAGGAAAGCUGGUGUAUAGGCUGGAUUAAUCACAGGGAGGGGGCCAGGGACCUGGGACAGGAGUGAAUACUGCAGCCGCCCACCCGCGGGCCUGCUCUUCCUCCUGCUGCCAGACUGGGGCGCGGCUGUGUCCCCAGCUGAGCAGUGAGCGCGGGUGGCCUUGGGGGACGAGCUGGAGCCGCCGUGGAAGGGGUGGGGCGGGCAGUUAUUCUCAGAGGAGGCCUCAGCCGGCUAGAGUUUCAGGUUGUUUAUGCCUCUCGGAGGCACCUGGGGGCAGGGGUGCCCAGCUCAGCGCCGCUCCUCGCUGACGGCUUGGCCGGCCGAGAGACACCUCCGAUGUCCCUGUCCCGCUCGGGGGGGGGGGGGGUGCGGGGGUGGGCCCUGCAGUCCCCGGCAGACCAGGGGUCUGGAGCUUUCUCCAGGCUCUUCUGGAGGAGGGGGCACAGUGGUCCUCAGCCAGCCCUGGGUGGGCAGCGUGCCAGCCUGAGCACAGGAGGGGCAGUUCACACCCGAUGCUGGCCUGAGGUCCGCCUGGCUGUCUUCGGCAGCAGCAGCAGCAGCAACGCGGAGUCCUUGGACAGGCUUCUCCCACCCGUGGGCGCCGGGCGCUCGCCCCGGAAGCGCACCACCAGCCAGUGCAAGUCUGAGCCGCCCCUGCUGCGCACCAGCAAGCGCACCAUCUACACGGCGGGGCGGCCGCCCUGGUACAACGAGCACGGCACCCAGUCCAAGGAGGCCUUCGCCAUUGGCCUGGGAGGCGGCAGUGCUUCUGGGAAGACCACUGUGGCCAGAAUGAUCAUCGAGGCCCUGGACGUGCCCUGGGUGGUCUUGCUGUCCAUGGAUUCCUUCUACAAGGUGCUCACCAGGCAGCAGCAGGAACAGGCCGCCCACAACAACUUCAACUUCGACCACCCAGAUGCCUUUGACUUUGACCUCAUCAUCUCUACCCUCAAAAAGCUGAAGCAGGGCAAGAGUGUCAAGGUGCCCAUCUACGACUUCACCACCCACAGCCGGAAGAAGGACUGGAAAACGCUCUACGGUGCAAACGUCAUCAUUUUCGAGGGCAUCAUGGCCUUUGCUGACAAGACACUGCUAGAGCUCCUGGACAUGAAGAUCUUCGUGGACACGGACUCUGACAUCCGCCUCGUGCGGCGGCUGCGCCGUGACAUCAGCGAGCGGGGCCGGGACAUCGAGGGUGUCAUCAAGCAGUACAACAAGUUUGUGAAGCCCGCCUUCGAUCAGUACAUCCAGCCCACCAUGCGCGUGGCGGACAUUGUGGUGCCCCGGGGGAGCGGGAACACAGUGGCCAUCGACCUGAUCGUGCAGCACGUGCACAGCCAGCUGGAAGAGAGGAAGCUGCGCUGGGAUCUGGCCGCGCUGGCCUCAGCGCACCAGUGCCACCCCCUGCCCCGGACGCUGAGUGUCCUCAAGAGCACGCCGCAGGUGCGGGGCAUGCACACCAUCAUCAGGGACCGGGAGACCAGCCGCGACGAGUUCAUCUUCUACUCUAAGAGGCUGAUGCGGCUGCUCAUCGAGCACGCGCUCUCCUUCCUGCCCUUCCAGGACUGCGUCGUGCAGACCCCGCAGGGCCAGGACUACUCGGGCAAGUGCUACGCGGGGAAGCAGAUCACAGGCGUGUCCAUCCUGCGGGCCGGUGAGACCAUGGAGCCGGCGCUGCGGGCCGUGUGCAAGGACGUGCGCAUCGGCACCAUCCUCAUCCAGACCAACCAGUUCACCGGGGAGCCCGAGCUCCACUACCUGCGGCUCCCCAAGGACAUCAGUGACGACCACGUGAUCCUGAUGGACUGCACAGUGUCCACUGGCGCGGCGGCCAUGAUGGCGGUGCGGGUGCUGCUGGACCACGACGUGCCCGAGGACAAGAUCUUCCUGCUGUCGCUGCUCAUGGCGGAGAUGGGCGUCCACUCGGUGGCCUACGCCUUCCCGCGCGUGAGAAUCAUCACCACGGCGGUGGACAAGCGCAUCAACGACCUCUUCCGCAUCAUCCCCGGCAUAGGGAACUUCGGCGACCGCUACUUCGGGACCGACGCCGUCCCCGAUGGCAGCGAUGAGGAGGAAGGGGGCUCUGCGGGGUAGCCGCCCACCCCGCCCCCAACCCCUCCUGCUUCCCCGGGGCUUACAGAGUAGAGAUGCUAACUUAUUUGAAUUAAAAAACGUGUUACCGGUGUACCUUGUCUAAAUAUUUUGUAAAAUAAAACUUGAAAAUGAA